GUAAAUGCGGCUCAUUGAAAUUUCCAACAUUUUUCUAAUAAUUGAACUCGAAUCAAAUGGUUCCCAUUAAAGACAAAAACCCGUUGCUUUGAAGAUCAUGUCGAACUAAUAGAGUAAUUUGUGGAACAGAAUCGAAAAUCAUCGAAGCGUUGAAGAUAGUUCUUAUUGAUACUUGUUUAGGAUUAUAAUUAUAAAAAAGGGAUUCAAGAUGAUGUCAAGAUCAUAUACUAAUCUCUUAGAUCUAGCUUCCGGUAAUUUUCCGGUAAUGGGUCCGGUUCGUGAAAGGAAACGGUUGACCCGGGUAAUGACGGUUCCUGGUGUAGUUUCCGAACUAGACGAUGAUCAAGCUAAUAGUGUAAACUCUGAUGUACAUUCAUCUGUAAAUCAAGAUCGAAUUAUAAUCGUAGCGAAUCAGUUACCGGUUAAAGUUAAACGGCGACCAGAUAAUAAAGGAUGGAGUUUUAAUUGGGAUGAUUAUUCAUUGUUAUUACAAUUAAAAGAUGGUUUACCCGAAGAAAUGGAGGUUUUAUAUGUGGGCUCGUUGAAAAUCGAUGUGGAUAUCAACGAACAAGACGAGGUUUCAUCGGUUUUGUUGGAAAAAUUCAAGUGUGUACCGGCGUUUUUGCCGCCGGAGAUUUUCAAUAAGUUCUAUCAUGGGUUUUGUAAGCAACAUCUAUGGUCAUUGUUCCAUUAUAUGUUACCUUAUUCGGCUAAUCACGGCGGUCGAUUCCAUCGGUCGUUGUGGGAAGCAUAUGUUGCAGCGAAUAAGAUAUUUUCACAAAGGGUUAUUGAGGUUAUAAACCCAGAAGAUGAUUAUAUUUGGAUUCAUGAUUAUCAUUUGAUGGUGUUGCCUACGUUUUUACGGAGACGGUUUAAUCGAUUGAGAAUGGGGUUUUUCUUACAUAGUCCGUUCCCUUCGUCGGAGAUUUAUCGAACAUCGCCGGUAAGGGAAGAGAUUCUAAAGGCGCUGUUGAAUUCGGAUCUUAUCGGUUUUCAUACUUUUGAUUAUGCUAGACAUUUUCUAUCUUGUUGUAGUCGAAUGUUAGGUUUAGAGUAUCAAUCGAAACGGGGUUAUAUCGGAUUAGAGUAUUACGGUAGAACGAUCGGGAUAAAGAUUAUGCCUGUUGGUGUUCAUAUGGAACAGAUUGAAUCUGCUUUGAGAGUUGCAGACAAGGAAUCGAGAAUUCAUGAGUUCAAACAAAAGUUUGAUGGAAAAACUGUAUUGCUCGGUGUUGAUGAUAUGGAUGUGUUUAAAGGUGUCAAUUUGAAGCUUUUGGCUAUGGAACAGAUGUUGAAACAACACCCGAAAUGGCAAGGAAGAGCCGUACUUGUUCAAAUCACGAACCCGGCUAGGGGACGAGGGAAAGAUCUUGAGGAUACACAAGCUGAAAUACAAGAAAGCUGUAAAAGAAUAAACGAGAUGUUCGGAAAAACGGGUUAUGAACCGAUUGUGUUUAUCGAUAGGCCAAUAUCAUUAGCUGAAAGGGUUGCAUACUAUACUAUAGCUGAGUGUGUCGUGGUAACAGCGGUGAGGGACGGGAUGAAUCUUACUCCUUAUGAGUAUAUCGCGUGCCGACAGGGAGUUUCUGAAUCGAUGUCUUCUUCCGAAUCAAAUGGGCCUAGGAAGAGUAUGCUAGUGGUAUCGGAGUUUAUAGGUUGUUCUCCUUCACUUAGUGGUGCAAUUCGGGUUAAUCCAUGGAAUUUCGAAGCAACUGCUGAGGCAAUGAACGAGGCAAUCUCGAUGGCUGAUGCUGAGAAGCAGUUACGACACGAGAAGCAUUAUAGGUACAUUAGUUCACAUGAUGUAGCGUUUUGGUCUCGUAGUUUCUUUCAAGAUAUGGAAAGGACGUGUAAAGAUCAUUUUAGAAGACGAUGCUGGGGAAUUGGUUUGAGCUUCGGGUUUAGAGUUGUAGCACUGGACCCUAACUUCAGAAAGUUGUCUAUCGAUCACAUAGAAUCCGUGUAUGUAAGGUCCAAAAAUCGGGCUAUAUUAUUAGACUAUGAUGGAACGGUAAUGCCUCAAACAUCGCAUAAUAAGACCCCAAAUGCAGAGGUAAUCUCGAUCGUGAACAGACUCUUGGGUGAUACCAAGAAUACAGUCUUUGUUGUAAGUGGAAGAGGAAAAGAAAGUUUAGACAAGUGGUUUUCUCCAUGUAAGAAACUCGGGAUUGCAGCCGAACACGGAUAUUUCAUGAGGUGGUCUAGUGACGAUAAAUGGGAAGUUUGUGGACCAAAUAGUGAAUUCGGGUGGAAGCAAAUAGCUGAACCUGUUAUGAGAUUGUAUACCGAGGCCACUGAUGGCUCAUCUAUCGAAACCAAGGAGAGUGCCUUGGUUUGGCACCAUCAAGAUGCAGACCCAAGUUUCGGGUCUAGCCAAGCCAAGGAGAUGUUAGACCAUCUUGAGAGUGUAUUAGCUAACGAGCCAGUGACCGUAAAAAGCGGCCAGUUUAUCAUUGAUGUAAAGCCACAGGGAGUCAGUAAAGGUGUGGUCGCCGAAAAGGUCUUCACAACCAUGGCCGAGAGCGGAAAGCAAGCAGAUUUUGUUCUAUGCAUUGGCGACGACCGAUCUGACGAGGAGAUGUUCGAGAUCAUUAGCAGUGCGAUUUCCAGUGGCAUCCUAUCCUCCAACGCAUCCGUUUUCGCCUGCACGGUCGGCCAGAAACCUAGCAAAGCCAAAUAUUAUUUAGAUGAUCCGGCUGAGGUCAUAAACAUGCUCGAAGCCCUUGCGGAUGCUUCGGACCCGGGAUCCUUCACAGAUACUGAAUCAGAUAUCUCCCUUUGAAAUACCCUCCGUUUCCUUUAUACAAAAUUCCGGGGCCAGUUGAGAAGAAGUGAAUCUAGAUUGUCCGAUACUGUCCGUUGGAAAGCGUCAUCAAGAUACGGCCGCGGAGAAAAUUAUGACUCGAUAGAAAUAUAUUAACUAACACUUGCAAAUCACAUGAAUGAACAAAUGUUUACUGAAGCUUUUUCCUUUGUGUAUUCAAAUGCAGCACUUCAUUUUUGCAACAGAUCAAA